GACCAAUGCAGAUCUCCAUCUCAAACAAAAAUCCAACGGCUCAGAUUCAUUCUCUCUCUCCAAAAAAAUCUCUCAAUCUCCGAAAAGUCCAUCGAGCGACCACUUUUCAACGGCCGACCGGUUGCUGUCGUGCUCCGUUCCUCCGCUUCAAUCCUCUCCGAUCAGAUCUGGUGCUUCCCCCUCUCGAUUUCUAGGUGAUUCGUUAUCUGAGAUUGCGAUUGGUGUUGAUUUUGUGCUACGUUAUGGCUGCUCCUCCCGCUAGAUCUCGAGCUGAUUAUGAUUACCUCAUUAAGCUUCUGUUGAUCGGUGACAGCGGUGUGGGUAAGAGUUGUCUCCUUUUACGUUUCUCGGACGGCUCCUUUACCACCAGCUUCAUUACAACUAUUGGCAUCGAUUUCAAGAUAAGGACAAUAGAGUUGGAUGGCAAGAGAAUUAAGCUGCAAAUCUGGGAUACCGCUGGACAGGAACGGUUUCGGACAAUCACAACUGCAUACUACCGUGGAGCCAUGGGCAUUUUGCUGGUCUAUGAUGUCACCGAUGAAUCGUCUUUCAACAACAUCAGGAAUUGGAUCCGUAACAUUGAGCAGCAUGCUUCCGACAAUGUCAACAAGAUUCUAGUUGGGAACAAGGCUGAUAUGGAUGAAAGCAAAAGAGCUGUACCAACAUCCAAGGGCCAAGCUCUUGCCGAUGAAUACGGGAUCAAGUUUUUUGAGACUAGUGCCAAGACGAACUUGAACGUGGAAGAAGUUUUCUUUUCAAUCGCUAGAGAUAUUAAGCAAAGACUCGCAGAUACUGAUGCCAGAGCCGAGCCACAAACAAUAAAGAUCAACCAACCCGACCAGGCCGCAGGGACGUCGCAAGCUGCGCAAAAAUCAGCGUGUUGCGGUUCUUAAACAAAACCGAACCCCCGCAGGCCAUCAAGAGAACGCAAGAGUUGUGGGGGGAGGGGAAAAAAAAAGGGGGGAGAUUUCCAUUUUCUUUCUUAUACAUAUGAAAUUGGUGUUUCUGCGUUUCAAACUUCUUCUCUAACAUUUAUAUUAUCUCUUUUUGUUCUAAGUGUGAACCAACACAGAUCAUCCAUACCAUAUUUCUGGAAUUUACUGACUCCCAGGUUGAUUCAAGAAAAAGGUAGAAUCGAAAACUUUCA